AUCAUUAACGGCCUGGGCAGCAGCUGGGAGCUCAGUCCUGCCAUGGAACUCAUGGCCCUGCUGCGGCCGGGGGCCCGAGGUUGGCGCCCCGGGGUGCUGGGCAGGGCGCUGAGCACCGCCCCCACCACGCCGGCGCCCAGGUUGGACCUGCGGGGCAUCUACCCGCCCCUGGCCACCCCCUUCACGGCCCAGGGCAGCGUGGACUACGCCCGGCUGGAGGACAACCUGCGCCUCUACGCCCAGGUCCCCUUCCGAGGCUUCGUGGUGCAGGGCUCCAACGGCGAGUGCCCACUGCUGACGGGGCCGGAGCGGUUGGACAUCGUGGCCCGCGUGCGUCAGGCCGUGCCCCGCCACCGCCUCCUGCUGGCCGGCUCCGGAUGCGAGUCCACGCAGGCCACCAUUGAGCUGACGGCGGGGAUGGCGCAGGCGGGUGCCGACGCUGUCUUGGUGGUGACACCCUGCUACUACCGGGGUGCCAUGAGCACCGCUGCCCUGGUGCUCCACUACACCCAGGUGGCAGAGGCAUCGCCGGUGCCCGUGGUGCUGUACAGCGUCCCUGCCAACACCGGCCUGGAGCUGCCCCUGGAGGCUGUGCUGGCCCUGGCCCCGCACCCCAACAUCGUGGGGCUCAAGGACAGCGGUGGCGAUAUCACUCGCCUGGGGCUGAUCGUGCACAAGACACGGUGCGAGGACUUCCAGGUGCUGGCGGGGUCGGCCGGCUUCCUGCUGGCCAGCUACGCCGUGGGUGCCGUCGGGGGGGUCUGCGCGCUUGCCAACGUCCUGGGUACGCCGUUGUGCCAGCUGGAGCGCCUGUGCCAGGAGGGGCGCUGGCAGGAGGCCCGGGACCUGCAGCACCGGCUCAUUGAGCCCAACACGGCGGUGACACGGCGCUUCGGCGUGGCGGGGCUGAAGCAGGCCAUGGAGUGGUUUGGCUACCAGGGGGGGCCCUGCCGGGCACCGCUGCUGCCGCUCAGCGAGGACCAGGCUGCUGCGCUGCGCCGGGCCUUUGCCCGCAACGGCUGGCUCUGACCCCCCUGCACAGCGCUGCACCCCGCAUGCACUCCAGCCCCCGGCACCUGCCCAGCUGCCCCCUACCCCUGCGAGGGCAGCUGUGGCCUGGGAGCUCAGCAUCAAUCCAGCCUGGCCCAGGCAUGAGGCGGUGGGUUCCUGUGGCCACGCAGAGUCCAGCUGGGAAUAAACUCAUUGCACCUGCA